AUGAAGAAAGUGAAUGCUGUUGAAGAGGAACAUGCAGUAUUGUUUACAGGUUACAAUAAGGAUGAGAUUCAGCGUUUGGGUGUAGAUGCUCGAAAUUGUGCUGUUCUUGAUAGUGCUUGCAGCAGUACAGUGUGUGGUAAAAACUGGAUAAAUAACUAUAUACAGUCAUUAGAUGUAGGAGAUAAACAGAGAGUAACACAGUUAGAUAGUCAGAGAGUUUUCAAGUUUGGUGGUGGGACAUGCCUAACAUCAAAAGGAGAAUACUGUAUACCUGCAGUGAUUGCUGGCAAAGAUGUUUUCAUCAAAACAGAUGUUGUGGAGUCGGACAUUCCCCUGUUAUUGUCUCGGACAGCAAUGAAGAGGGCUGCUAUAAAAAUGGAUCUAGAAAACGACACAGCUAGCAUUAUGGGAAAAGAGGUGGCUUUAAAUUUGACAACAUCAGGUCAUUACUGUAUUCCGAUAGAUAAGACGGUAGAGGUACCUGUAGAAAGUGUUUGUGCUGUAAACUUUGAUGAUUUAAGCAAAAAUGAGAGAUACAAAACAUUUGUGAAAUUGCACAGGCAAUUUGCACACCCACCUAAGAAACGGCUGUCAGCACUUAUGAAAGAUGCAGGUAUCUGGAGAGAAGAAUUUGAGGAAACUCUUGAUCUCAUUACUAACAAUUGUGAACUUUGCAAGAUGUAUGCAAAAACUCCAUCAAGGCCUGUUGUGGGUAUGCCUAUGGCUUCCAAGUUCAAUGAAAAAGUUGCGAUGGAUCUUAAGCAAUGGAACGGCUGCUGGAUUUUACACAUUAUAGACAUGUGGUCCAGAUAUACGGUGUCAACGUUUAUCAACAGAAAGAAGCCAGAAAAGAUUAUAGAUGCACUGAUGAGGGAAUGGGUAGGCAAGUUUGGCGUGAUGGGCUCAUUAAUGACUGACAACGGUGGUGAAUUCAAUUCAGAUGAAGUAAGAGAGAUCACGUCAAUACUGAACAUUAAAUUAUGCACAACAUCUGGUCAAAGUCCAUUUCAGAAUGGUUUAUGUGAGAGAGUGCAUGCUAUAACAGAUAUGAUGCUGAUUAAGUUACAGGCAGAUUGUGGGAAAGUAGACUUGCAGACGUUACUAUCAUGGGCGAAUAUGGCAAGAAAUUCUUUACAGAUGUGGAAUGGUUUUAGCAGUCAUCAGCUUGUUUUUGGGCAGAACCCCAAUAUUCCCAAUAUUAUGAGUGAAAACUUGCCUGCAUUACAAGGGACCACCAGCAGUGAGGAAUUUGCAAGGCAUUUGAAUGUUUUGCAUGCUGCUCGGAGAGCAUUCAUUCAGUCGGAAGCUGACGAAAGAAUAAGGAGAGCUCUACGUAAUAAAGUACGGGCUUCUGAACAAGUUUUUGAACAUGGUGAUAAUGUUUUCUACAAGCGAGAGGGAAAAGAGCGUUGGCUUGGACCUGGAAAGGUGGUAUUUCAAGAUGGAAAAGUGGUGUUUGUUAGACAUGGAGCAGUGUUUGUGCGAGUAUCGCCUAAUAGGCUGCAGAGGGUAAAUGAUUAUAUGAGUUCUGAUAAUCGUGAGGCAAACAGUUAUGAAAGUCUGGAAGAAGAAAGAAGCAAUGCUAAUGAGGGCACAUUAGCUGACCAGCAAACCUCAGAUCAGACAAGUAUGCAGACCAUAAACGAGGACAUACCAUCCUCAGAUCCAUUUAAGAACUUGCAGUCAAACAUGUCAGAUAGAUCAUCAGCUAGUUUGGAAAACAACAUUCAAAAUAUUCCACCUGAAGAAAGGACAUUGAAGGCAAAUGACAACAUACAAUAUAGAGCACAGGAUACAGAUCAGUGGAUACAAGCAAAAAUACUAGGAAGGGCUGGAAAAGCAACAGGCAGAAACAAGUUUUGGUAUAAUAUAGAGGAAGAUAUCAGCAAAGAGAAGAAGAGUAUUAAUCUGGAGGCAGUUCAAUGGAAAAUGUUAACAAAUGAGGUUAAUUUGGUAAUGAAACAGACUUGUGCUGAUGAUGAAGUCACAUCUGCUAAAAUUUGUGAACUUCAGAAGCUGCAACACUUUGGCACAUAUGAAGAAGUUCAAGAUUAUGGUCAGGUAACUUUAUCAACAAGAUGGGUGAUAACUCACAAAAAUGGUCAAACAAAGGCUCGACUUGUUGUACGCGGAUUUGAGGAAGAAUAUGUGAUGCAAAGUGACAGUCCAACAGUGGGAAAAGGAACACUUAGAACAUUUCUUGCACUUGCAGCUGUAAAUAAUUGGAUUGUAAAAACCACAGAUAUAAAGUCGGCGUUUCUACAGGGAAAAGAAAUUCGGAGGGAAGUCUACAUUAAACCUCCAAAGGAAAGUGACACUAUCGCUGGAAUAAUUUGGAAACUUAAACAUGGACUUUAUGGCCUCAAAGACGGAGCAAGACAAUUCUAUCUAAGUGUGAAAGACGAGUUAAUUAGAUUAGGGUGUCAUAUAUCAGAGAUGGAUCCAGCAAUGUUCUUUCUGCACACUGGAGACAAGCUUAACGGCAUUAUUUGUUGUCAUGUUGAUGAUUUUCUUCAUGCUGGUGAUGAAUGUUUGGAGAAGGUCCUGACUAAAUUACGAAAACGAUUUGUUGCAGGAAAAAUUGAAAAAGGACAGUUUGAUUAUAUUGGUUUCAGGAUUUCUCAGGAGAGCAAUGCAAUUAUUCUGGACCAAUCUAGAUAUGUGGAAAACAUAGAGAGCAGACAGAUUGACACAAAGAGAGUCCAGAAUAAACAGGAAGUAUUAACAUCUGAAGAACAGACUCUUUUCAGGAAAAUCAUUGGUCAGAUUAACUGGGUAGUGCAAGGAACAAGGCCCGAUAUGGCAUUUGAGUUGAUAGACUUGAGCACUAAACUCAAGGAAGCUACAAUGAGUGAUCUAUCUCAGGCGAUCAAAGCAGUGAACAGAUUGAAAAACUUCAAGUCUUUUAUAAGAUUCCCACAAUUGAGCAACUUUGUAGGUGAUUGGAAGAUUGCAGUCUUCACAGAUGCAUCUUUGUGCAACAUAAAUUCUGGAACAGGGAGCACUGCGGCUUAUAUAGUAUGGUUAAUGGACACUUCUGGAAAAUGUUGUCCACUUUUCUGGCAUACCAACAAAAUAAAAAGGGUAGUACGAUCAACAAUUGCUGCUGAAGCUCUCAGUUUACAAGAAGGAUUAGAAUGUGGAUAUUAUUACAGACAAAUGAUCGAAAACGCUCUAAGGAUACCCAAUCACACAAUACCAAUAAUUGCUUAUGUGGACAAUAGAAGUGUAAUAGAAGCUGUGAAUUCAACCAAGCUAGUAGAUGACAAGCGUCUUCGUGUAGAUAUAGCUGCAAUCAGCGAAUUUUUGUCCAGAAAUGAAGUCAAAGAAAUUCGAUGGUGCCAAGGGAAACAUCAUUUGGCUGACUGUAUGACUGAGCGUGGGGCAUCCGGAUAUGAUCUGCUGUGUGUAAUACAAGAAGGAACAAUUUCAAAAGAUUUUAUAUAG